UCUUCUCCCCAUUAUCUUCCAUUUAUUGCGAUCACUGUUUUUCUUAAUUUCUAAUAAUUACAUGUUUUUGUGGCUAUUAUCUUUCUCUAACAGUUAUAAAUAGGCCUCAACUCUCCUUCUUCUUCAUCGAUCAUGGCGUCACCGGUUCAGGUCUUUCAGCUAGUUAAGGGUUUUGUUGGAUGCAGUCCCCCGUUAGCGUUUCUUGAUCAUAAUACAAUGGAUGAACGAAGUCUUGCUGCUGCAAACCAAACAUUUGGGGGUUUGUCCACUUAUCUGAGGAAAUGCUUGUUUAGUGUAUUGACUGUUGGCCCUAUUCCUGCUCACAUCGCCUUCAUCAUGGAUGGGAACCGAAGGUAUGCAAAGAGAAGGAACUUACCAGUUGGGGAAGGACACAAAGCCGGAUACUGGUCUCUCAUGUCCCUUCUUAGGUACUGCUGGGAGUUGGGAGUCAAGUAUGUAACUGUCUAUGCCUUCAGCAUUGACAAUUUCAAUAGACCCCAAGAUGAGGUGCAAACUCUAAUGGACCUUUUGCAGGAAAAGAUUGAAAGCUUGCUUGACAAAGAAAAUUAUAUGAACAAAGCUGGGGUUAGGGUAUGCUUCAUUGGUAACUUGAAGCUUCUGAGUGAGCCUGUCAGGGUUGCUGCUGAAAAUGUAAUGAAGGCGACAGCCAAUAACUCCAAAUCUGUGCUUUCAAUCUGUGUGGCCUAUACUUCUACUGAUGAGAUUGUCCACGCUGUUGAAGAAUCCUGCAUGGAGAAAAUGGAUGAAAUUCAAGUACCUAAUGGAAGAAAGGUAAAUGGUGUGAUUCAUGGAGUCCAAGAGGAAGAGAAGGUUGAUGGUGUGACUGAGAAUGAUGUUGACAAAUCCUGCAACAACAAUUCUGGUGUUCCUAGUGCUGCUUCCCCUGGUAAGAUCAACUGGGUUGAAAAGGUGAAAAGGGAAAAUGAAAAAGUUCAUCAUCAUUUUGAAGAAGUUAAACAGAAUGGGAAGCAGCAGCAGAAAAUUUCUGAAGUAAAGCUGGUUGAUGUUGAAAAGCACAUGUACAUGGCAGUGGCACCUGAUCCUGACAUUAUGAUCCGAACUUCUGGAGAGACCCGGCUGAGCAAUUUCCUUCUCUGGCAAACUAGUAACUGUCCGUUGUACUCCCCAUCUGCGCUGUGGCCAGAACUGGGUCUAUGGCAAUUGGUUUGGGCAGUUCUGAACUUCCAGCGCAACCACCAGUAUUUGGAGAAGAAAAAGAAGCAGGUUUAACAUCCUUAGUGCCAGUGUACUUCUCCAUAUAGACCAUAGGUGUAUAAUUGAACUCAGUAUUGAGCUGUAUGUGUUGUCAA